GUCUACUGUCUCUCUUAGUUCUGGUCAUUACACAAACGCAACACCAUUUGAAGUCGGCGAAAGAGAACUCAGGUCUUAGCAUAGACGGCGAUGACACACUCAUUGCCCACGGUCCUGGUGGGAUUCGGCGCCUGGUAGGCUUGCGCGGAGGUGGAAUUAUCUUUUCCUUCAAUAUUGCUCGAUUUGCAUGUGCCGCAGCUCUGUUUAUUCUGUCGAUCUAUGCUGUUGUGCUUCGCAAUGGCUCAGCAGAAGAGACAGCCUGGGGUCUAACAUGCUCUGCUCUGGCCGAGUUGAUGACCGCCGUAGUGAUCGGUUACGCGGGGGCUUUGUGCUCUCUCGGAGUUAUACUGUGUGCCGGGAAUGGCAGAAUGUAUAACGUCCAUGCCGGAGUCAUCCUUCUCAUCGUAUUUGGCGUCUUUGUCUAUCGAAAUGUAUAUCCUCUGGUGUUCCUCAACGGGGAACCUAUCGACAACCACACCCCUUGGUUGAUGUAUACCCGGGGCAUUUUGGUGACCAUUACUGGACUGGUCAUUCCUGGGUUGAUCCCUCAUGAAUAUGUCCCUGUUGAUCCGGAGCAUCCUUCCCCUGAACCUAAUCCCGAACAAACUGCCUCGCUUUGGUCAUUCAUAACCUUCACUUUCAUGGAGCCGAUUGUUAUGAUUGCAUACAGGAACUCCGACUUGCCUUACGACAGUCUCCCCCCACUUGCUGACUACGACCGUUCCGCCCAUCUUGAGAAGAGUAGCAUCGUGGCCCUGGAUCCCAUCACACGACACCAGAAGGGGCUAAAUGACCGACACCUAUUUUUUGGCCUCAUGCAGAUAUUCUUCUGGGAAUACGUGUUCUUCGGCUGCAAUCUGCUGUUGGAUGUGCUGUCUCGUUUUAUGGCGCCCUACGCUUUGAAGCGCAUCCUUCAGGCUUGGAUUGUCGUACUGCUCGUCGGGGGGGCCUUCUCUAGUUUCUUUCGUCAACUCUACAUAUUUGUUGCCGAACGUGCACAAGUUCGGGCAGAAAACAUUCUCCUGCAGCAGAUAUUCCGCCAUGCGCUCAGACUACGCGUGUCCGACACGUCUCAGUCACACUCCAAGCCUCAAUCUUCCGAGGCAAGUUCUUCAAGCGUAGUGGCAGAGGACGAGAAUCUCCCUCCUUUAACCUUGAUCGGCUCAGAGACUGCGACCGCGAACAUUGCCGAGACUGUGGCUUCUGGUACCAUAGAGCCCUUGGAUGGUCCCGCCGAAAACCCACCCUCGCCAUCGCCCCAUUUCUCAGGGCAAAUCAACACCUUGAUUGGCGCAGACGUCCCCAAUAUUCUCGGCGCUAGAGACUUCCUUGUUCUCUUCGUGAUGCUCCCAUUUCAAACUAUUAUCAGCACUUGGUUCUUAUUUGACAUCCUGGGGUGGUCCGCCAUCAUCGGAAUGGUAUUCAUGGUUGCCAUGAUGCCUAUCCCCGGCCUUUUGGCGAAACGGAUCAAUGACGUCGAAGUAGCGAAAAUGCAAAAGACGGAAGCCCGAAUACAGGGAAUAACUGAGUCCGUGAACAUAAUCCGUAUGAUCAAGAUGUUUGGCUGGGAAGGCAUGAUUGCUGGAAAACUAUACAAACUGAGAGCCGAUGAGCUUUCGUCCACCCGGAAGGCGAAGUUUCUGGAACUUUUCGGCGGCGUCAUGAACAACCUGAUGCCGGUGCUGAUCUUAAUUGUGACAUUCAGUUUCCACACAUUGGUCAUGCACAAAAGCCUCGAUGCGGCCAUUAUCUUUUCCAGCAUAGCUGUUUUGGAUCUUCUUCGCUUGGAUCUCGGCAGCGUACCUUUCUUCAUCACAAGUAUUAUGCAAGCAAAGGUCUCGUUGGACCGGCUGACAAAGUUCCUUCGCGAAUCACCCCUGCUCGAUAAGUUUAGCAAUUCUGGGAAUUCUAUGGACAUGUUGGACGAGAGACCCGCGAGCAGCGAAAUUAUCGGCUUUAAGAACGUGAAUCUGAGUUGGGUCAAUCAAGCCUCCGAUGACGACGCCACGCACCAGAACUUCACGCUCAAAAUCGACAGCGUGACGUUUGACAAAGGAAGUUUGAACUUGGUCACAGGGCCGACUGGCUGUGGGAAGACGUCACUUUUGCUGGCUCUACUUGGUGAAAUGCACAUCGAAUCAACAGGUCGAGACUCUUGGGUUGCUUUUCCAAGACACCUUGGUGUUGCAUAUGCUGCGCAAGAGGCAUGGGUACAGAACACGACGAUCAAGAAGAACAUCGUCUUCUUAGAGCCUUAUGACGAAGAGCGUUACAAAGAGGUCUUGCGACAAUGCGCGCUCGAGAGAGAUCUUGCCCUGCUGAGUGCAGGUGACCAGACAGAGGUGGGAGAGAAAGGAAUAACCUUGUCCGGGGGACAAAAGGCUCGUAUCGCACUGGCUAGAGCCAUCUAUUCCAGUGCAAACAUUAUUGUGCUUGACGAUGUUCUGUCUGCCCUCGAUGUUCACACUUCUAGUUGGAUCGUUGCAAAUUGUUUCCGAGGAGAUCUUGUCGCAGGUCGCACUAUCAUCAUUGCUACUCACGCCAUCGAUCUUGUGGCUCCUUUGGCAUCUCGACUCUUCAAUAUCUCUCGGACUGGCGAAAUCAGGUCCUUAGUUCAAGUCCCCGGGUUCCAAACGACUGCCCACGAGAAUGAUGUCAGAGACCCCUCAGAGGAGGAAGAACCUGUCGAACAUAAGAGAUUUCACUCUGCCAUGCCGAAAGAAGCAGGAAAACUUAUCCUCGAAGAAGAUCUUGAAACGGGUCGCCUUCGAUGGUCAGCUGUUGAACUGCUGAUCAACACAUUUGGUGGCUAUGUAACCUUAGCAUUGAUUAUUGGCACCUGUCUGCUUGUAUACAUAUCCAGCGUUAUUGGGACAUGGUGGCUGGGUGUUUGGGCUCGAGCAUACGAGACCUCGUCUGAUAGAAACAUCCCAAUAUUAUUCUAUCUCGGUAUCUUCGUCGCUAUCUGCGGUCUGGAUGCAGGUUUUUAUGCCUUAUCUUCCCUGGCAUACUUAUAUGGUAGUCUGCGAGUCAGCUCAACGCUCCAUGAGGCCUUAUCCAAGAGGAUCCUCGGCGCUCCUCUCAGAUGGCUGGACGUCACGCCUGUGGGACGAAUUAUUUCUCGCUUUACUCAGGAUAUUGGCACAGUGGAUGGACCUCUGAUAACUUACUUGCAUAUGUUUAUAUCAUUCAGUCUCAGCAUGCUGAUUCAGUUUGGAGCUAUCCUCAUUCUCGCACCUUGGUUCAGCAUCCCGGGUAUCUUUAUAGGGAUUGUCGGAGUAUUGAUGGGGCAGAUUUAUAUUUCUGCACGCUUGCCAGUCCGGCGCCUUAUAUCUAAAUGGCAAUCGCCUUUGUAUACGCAUUUUUCUGCAACCAUUGAUGGAAUUAUAUCCAUAAGAGCAUAUGGAGGGGAAGCGGUAUUCCGACAAGAGCUCUUCAAGAGACUGGACGAGUACACUCGCCCAUGCCGUACAUUUCAUAAUCUUGACAGGUGGGUUGCGGUGCGUUCGGACGUGCUGGGAGCUGUAUUUACGUCGGGACUGGCCUUCUAUCUCGUGUAUUUGAGAAGUCCACUAGGACCUAGCAACAGCGGAGUAAGUCUCCAAUCGUUCUGUUUGAACAUGGCUUUGAGAUUCUCGGGUUUACUGCUAUUUUGGGUGCGUUUGCUAAGUGAAGUGGAGACCGCUGGGAACAGCGUUGAACGCAUUCGGGAUUAUCUUCUCAUUGAACAAGAACCACCGAGUUGCGAAGCCCAACCUCCGCCAGCAUAUUGGCCUGCAUCCGGUUCGCUGCAAGUACACAACCUUCAAGCACGAUAUUCCGAAGAGGGACCCAAGGUACUGAAAAAUGUCAGCUUUGAGGUCAAGUCAGGCGAGCGGAUUGGAAUUGUCGGCCGUACGGGAAGCGGGAAAAGCUCUCUCGCUCUGUCUCUCCUCAGGCUUAUACCAACCACGGGAGAAGUGGAGUUUGAUGGAAUUUUGACCAGGAACAUCAGACUAGACACCUUGCGACAGAACAUGGCGAUCAUUCCCCAAGAUCCCAGCUUAUUGUCGGGAAACUUACGUUCAAAUCUGGAUCCUGUCGGAGAACACGACGAUGUCGCCUUGAAUAGCGCUCUCCGAGCUGUCGGUCUGAUCGGCCAAUCUGGAGGUGGCAAGCAUAACGGAUGCAACCUUGACACCGCUGUUGCCAGCUCCGGUAGCAACUUCUCUGUUGGACAGCGUCAACUCAUUGCCUUGGCUCGAGCCAUGGUUCGCGGCACAAAGGUUCUCAUUCUGGACGAAGCGACAGCGUCGGUCGAUGCAGAAACUGAUCAGUUGAUUCAAAGAUCAAUCAGGAAAGAGCUCAAAGGCACGACUCUGCUCACGAUUGCUCAUAGAUUACAAACUAUCAUGGAUUACGACAAGAUUUUAGUUAUGGAGAGUGGCGAGCUCGUAGAAUUUGGAAGUCCGCUGUCUCUCCUUGAAAGAAAUAGCAUGUUUCGAGCCCUGGUGGAAGGGAGCGCAGAUGCACAACAUCUUCUCCGGCUUGCGAGAGAAAGCAGCGUGAUCGCGUAG